AUGCCCGGAGCUAUGCAUAUAACUGUUAACGAGAAAGAUGUCAUCAAGGUCGUCUUGGAAUUCCUGGAAACUCGAAGCUUGCAUAUUGCUCAGUUAGCACUGGAACGAGAGACUGGUAUAAUCAACGGUGACUUCUCGGAUGAUGUCUUGUUCCUUCGACAGUUAGUCCUGGAUGGUCAGUGGGAUAGUGCGUUAGAUUUUGUCGAGCCUCUUCGGAAUUUGCCGGAUUUUGAUCUGCGAACAUUCCGAUAUUACAUUACAAAAUACAAAUAUUUUGAACUAUUAUGCAUCAAACAGGAACCAGGCCCAAUGCAUGACAACGAUUUUACCGUUGAGGAACUGGUAGAAUGCUUGAAAGAUCUGGAACAUAUAUGCCCUACGUCAGAGGAUUUUCAUGCAUUGUGCGCUUUACUCACUUUGCCUAAGUUAUCUGAUCACGUUGAUUUCAAAAACUGGAAUCCAAGUAGCGCUCGAGUGGAAUGCUUUCGAAAGAUCGAACCAAUGGUUACACCUUUACUACCUUCGACAGUGAGAAACGCGGAUCAAGCACUAUCGCAUUCAUUGAAUGAUCGCUUGAUGCAACUGGUUGUGAAGGGGACAAUGUAUGAAGGUUGCGUGGAUUACUGUCAGGCACAGGCUGUCAACGAUCAGAAAGGUAUCGAAAAAGGCGCAGUUCCAACAGCACUUUUAUCUGCCAAAUUACGGUUAAUGAAUACAGAUUUAUCACUAAUAUCUUGGCUUGCAGCUAUUGGUCGUGAACAAAAACCUAAACUGGAAGCUCAAUGGACAGAACACAUUCUGGCAACACCAAUCAAACCUGAUGGCACCUUUCCACACGCUUUGGUUCCAAACAUUAAGUUGAAGUGCGCUGAAAAAAUGAGCCGUUCUAUGGUACUACCAUCGAUGUCAUCAUCAAUUGCUGUCGGUGUUUCAUCCGGUACACGAAAUUUCUUGCACCCAAUGUCGUAUUCUACAAUGCCAUCAGUCGGUUUCUCAAUACAGAAUAACACGGAAGAGCAUCCUAAAGAGGUGAUGGCUCAGAGUCAAAUGAUUGAUGCAAUGUUUGAAAAAUCGGAACAUACUAGAAGUAGCCGACCUGAUAAAACAUACGAUCGAUUGUCAUAUCCGAAUGCAACAGGUGUAAUGCUGACUGCUUUACAACGGAAUCAGCAAGUCAUUACAGCACAGAAUAUGGAUAUAAUUAGCUCACGGAUAAUGGACUCGAUGGCACAAUUAACCUUCUCAACGGACAAUACGCUACGUCAUCAGCUAGAAGACAUGGCGAGACGUGGCCAACGAAUCGGCUCCCUGCCACCAGUACCUGAACUUUCUACACCUAGCGAAUGCUCUUUGGUUGAAUCGACACGAACUGAGAAUUCCCUAAAUAUUAUUAAUGCACCAAUCAACAACGAUUCAACGCCUCCAAUUCCAUUACCUACGCUAUCCACAGGUGUGAAUAACGCGAUGAGCACAUCCUUAUUUCAGGAAUUUUCAAAUCGGCAACUGCGUCAGCAAGGAAGACUGCACUUUGCCGCGCCUUUACAAUCUUCUCAAAUUGCUGAUUUAAAUAAUCAGAUGCAUAACACAACAUCUACGCCGAAUACGUCAGAUUUACCAAUGGCUGGUGGUGUGUCGUCAUGUGCAGCUGAUUACGCUCAAUGGAAGACAAAUAAAGUUCCACUGACGUCAAGCAAAGUAUCAAAGGCACUAUCUAUUUCGCCAGAAGCCAUGACGACUUCAGAGUGUCACGUCGGACCUACAAAAUCAGAUCGAUUACCCGUUUGCAGAAGAAGUGCCAGUACAGUUGGUGUUCAGACUGCUGCUGUGGUUUCUCAAGCAGCUUGCUCAGCAAGUGGAUUUAGUGUGCAGUUUGUUCCAAUUUGUCGGUAUGAAGAUGUACAAGCAAUACGGACUGUGGCAUUUCAUCCAACUGGUCGAUUUUUUGCAUUGGGAACCAACUCGAAACAAAUGCUUAUUUGUAAAUAUCCUGACCUCAGGAAGUUUAGACCUGAAGAUGCUGCACAUCAUGUUGAGGUCGUGUUGUCAAGGCCAAAACAGCAUCGUGGCAGUGUUUAUUGUUUGGGAUUUAAUCCUACCGGUGAAUUACUUGCAACUGGUUCCAAUGAUAAAACACUUCGAUUAAUGGCCUUUAACACUGAGCAUUGCAAAAUUGGUGCGGAAACGGAGUUGAAUAUUCACGACGGUACAGUGCGUGAUUUAAUUUUCAUGGAAGAUAAGAUGAGUCGAAGCACAAUAUUAGUUUCCGGUGGUGCUGGUAAUUGCCGCAUCCAUUUAACGGAUUGUACUACGGGUCAACCAUUAAGCUCAUAUCAAGGACAUACCGCUCCCAUUCUUGGCUUAUAUACAUGGUGUAACGGGUAUUUUGUUAGCUGUUCACAAGAUAAAACGAUACGAUUUUGGGAUCUAAGAGGCCCAGAAGCAGUAAGCAUCAUUUCUCCUAAAUGUAAAACUUCGAAUGCACCAGUGACAUCAGUUUGCGUAGAUCCAAGUGGAAAAUUACUAGUAUCAGGACAUGAAGAUGCAUCAGUAAUGCUUUAUGAUAUUGUCGGUGGUAGAACUGUGCAAAUUUACCGACCACACGGCGACGAAGUUCGUACUGUACGAUUCAGUAACGCUGCAUAUUAUCUUCUUAGUGGUUCUUACGAUAAAAGAGUGGUUAUCACAGAUAUGAGAGGUGAUUUGAUGACACCGUUAAUGUACCUCCCAGUCGCUGAGCAUAACGACAAAGUUAUACAAUGCAGAUGGCAUCCACACGACUUCUCAUUUUUGAGUACCAGCGCUGAUCGUACAGCCGUCUUAUGGUCGCUCCCGCCCCCACCUCAAUAUCAUUAA